AUGUCAAUUAAAGGUAAUAAUGUUCAACGAGAGUUAAUUCAACAUAUUGAAUAUUUACCAAGUAUAUUCAUAGAAUUAGCGAAUGGAGAUAAAAGUUCAAUUCCAUCAUUAAAAUCCGCUAUUGAGUUUUAUAGAGAAUUUAUGAAACAUUUUCAUUCAUCUUCGAAAUCUAGUAAUGAAGAAUUUUUACCUCUAAUUAAAUAUUUAAUUGAAAAUGGAAAUACAACAGCUUAUCAAUGGCGAACUGGUGGUCAUAUGCCGGUUAGUGUUGAACGACUAUCAUUAAAUUAUAAAUUUACGGAAGCAGCAGAAGUUAAUGAAGAAGAAGCGAAUAUUAUUCUAGGAUUAAAUGAUGAUAUAACAACAUCAACUAAAGGAAUUGAAAUUAAAAAAACAGCAAAUCAAAGUGAUGUUAUUGAUUUUGAUACGGAAGGAGAAAUUGAUUGGUCUAUUAUUAAUACAGUACCAGAAUUACUUUAUCCAACUCUUUCAUCAAAUGGUACUCAUCCUAAUUCAAUUCCUGAUGCUUGUAGAGAAGCUACUACGAAUGGAUCAACUCAUCCAAUUGAUGAUGGAAUUGCUUGUGGUAAUGAUGCAUUAACAUUAUUAGACAAUCGUUCAACAUAUGGAUUAUUUAUUCAUGAACUUCAUCUUCAUUCAGUUUGUUGA